AUGGAGUAUAAAUUUGGAAAUUGCAUUCAUCACAAUAAAUGUUUAUAUAAUGAACUUAAUGUACAAAUUGGUUUUGAAGAAUCUAUUCAAAUGAGAAGAAAUGUCAAAGAGUUUGAAGUGAAAAGGAAGGACUAUCUCUCCAUUUAUCAUCCGUAUCUCGAAACGAUCUGUACCGGAAGUGUUGCCGAAGGAUUCCGACACGGACGAACUGAUCGUGAUUACAUGAAGGUACUUAAAGAUGUAAACAUUCACCAUUCAAAUAUGGAAAUAUUGUAUUCAAGAGAGGGAAAUGAUUCUGAUAAAAAGUUAUCUCUUAUAAUUAGUCAUGAGACCAAUUAUGCGAAGGAAGGGUAUGUUUUGCUCAAAUUCCAAAACAGCGGAGAGGAUACAUUUGAAGGGCAUGCUCAGUGCAUCAAGUUUGCCUUACUUCAAAAUUAUGUUUCCAGUCAUAAAUUCAAGAAAUGGUGGAUAGAAAAAAACCGAGACCCGAACACUGAUUUCUUUAUGCAUGGCCCAUGUAUUUCCUUGACUGGGAUGUCAUCUGAUCACGAUAUGGCAUUUUCACUGGAAUGUCCAUUUUGGCCCCCACAGGCGAAGGAAUGGGUCAAUAGACCAAGACUUUGGCCAUCAAAACAAUUGGUUAGAGAAAUAGAGCUAGACGGAUGUCACCUCGUCCCCCUGGGUCCAGUUAAAGACGUGGAAAACGAUCUCUUAUGGAGACUGUCUUUUAACAAAGCAGAGAAGAGGUUGAUGUUUGCGUUCAAUCAAACACAAUUUCUAUGCUAUGGUCUCUUCAAAAUUGUUCUGAAAGAAUGUAUCGAAAAAAUAGACACCUACCCGGAAAAUUCACUCUGCUCAUAUUUUAUAAAAACUUUGAUGUUUUGGGUCAUUGAAGAGACGGCUCCAGAACUAUGGCGCCCAGACAACAUAGCCAUUUGUUUUUUGAUGUGCUUGUUGCGCUUAACCCAUUGGAUGAAAAAUGAAAGUUGUCCCAAUUAUUUCAUUCCCGAGAGAAAUAUGUUCAAAUCAAAGAUUUACGGUCAAACAAAAAUGCAACUUAAAGAAACAAUGAAAACUGUGUUUAAAAUGGGUUUGUGGAAUUGUUUUGCUAGAUGCGAGAAACGGAUUCAUAUUUUCACCCAUCAUAAAGAUAUAAUUAUUCCAUGUCUAAGGGCUUACUUUGUUGACCAGUCCUACUUGAGAGAAUUUAGAGUGCUGUCUUCCUCUUUCCUUACUGAUGACCUCAGUCAAUUCAGCAAAAUGGAGAGCACAAAAUUUGAGAACUUAUCAGAACUUGAGAUCGAAUUUGUCACUUGUCAGCGUUUAUCAAUGUUUCAGAGAGAGGCGAUGAAAUCACGGACGCACGAGGACCAAGUUGAAUAUUUCACUAGGGCAAAAGAGUUGGAUUUAACAAGAGGUCCGUUGAUGUUAGCCACAUGUUUAUAUGGUGUUAAGAAAUAUUCUCAAGUCCUUAGAAUAAUGCAACAAAUUCAAACGAGGUUGAAAAAGUUUACAUUCUAUGCUGGUAUAAAUAACGCUGACGUAAUUAAUCUUGACGAGGUACUUCCUGAGUAUGUCUUUUCAGCAACAGUUCAGAAAUAUUCUCUGCGAGAGAAGCGUGAGGGGCUCUUAGCUAUGGAUAUAAUCAUCCGAAAAGAGAUCGUUUGGGAAGAGAAAGGUGUUUUCAGAAAGAGGCCUAAUCGGGAGAACAUACCCAGCGAACUUCAGUUUGACAUUUUGUUUCAGAGAGCAUCUUUGGUAAUUCAUCCUCUUGUAUAUUUACAUUUUUUGACAUUUAUGUGUCAAAAACAUCUUGAUCAAAACAGCUAUGCUAAAGAGGCACUAACCGAUCUAGAAAAUGUUGUUUCCAAUGUCUGCAAACAUGAUGAUUUAGCAGUGGCUCACCUCAUUCUUGGCAUAGCUUACGAGAAAGAAAGACGAUUUGAGGAUGCUCUCGAUCACUAUGAAAAGUCAUAUGGAAGAAGAAGUUCUUAUACAUCGUCUAUGUGUAGAACUUAUUUGAUACAGAAAUAUGUUCAGUUAUGCCGUCCAAAAUUGGAUCUUUCCCUUGAUUAAAGUAGACAAAGAAUUUGGAAAAACUAUUAAAUUUUCUACAUGUUCUAUACAAAAAUGUUAAUAAUGUAGAAUUACAGGUAUGAUCGGGUCACAAUCAAUAUGUUCAAGUGAAAUAUAAAAACCCUAGCAUCAAGUAUAUCU